UUUUCUCUCCCAAAUGGGUGAGAUGAGCCAGCCCACGCCAUCCCCGGCCCCAGCUGCAGGAGGACGUGUGUACCCCGUCUCCGUGCCGUACUCCAGUGCCCAGAGCACCAGCAAGACCAGCGUGACCCUCUCCCUUGUCAUGCCCUCCCAGGGCCAGCUGGUCAACGGGGCCCACAGCGCUUCCACGCUGGAUGAAGCCACGCCUACCCUCACCAACCAGAGCCCAACCCUGACGCUGCAGUCCACCACCACGCACACGCAGAGCAGCAGCUCCAGCUCCGAUGGGGGCCUCUUCCGCUCCCGGCCCGCCCACUCUCUCCCGCCUGGCGAGGACGGCCGCGUCGAGCCUUAUGUGGACUUUGCUGAGUUUUACCGCCUCUGGAGCGUGGACCAUGGCGAGCAGAGCGUGAUGACAGCCCCGUAGCCCCAGCUAGGGGAUGUGGCCUGAGCAGGACCUUGCCCGGGGACAAAGGGGCCCAGCUUUGCGGC